AUGUCAAAAGAUACAAGAAUACCUCCUACACCCUCGAACAAUCCUGGUCUACUUCGUCAAGGGCAUGGAGCAAAAGCGGCUUUACGAGAGAAAUUUGUCGAGAUAUACGAAUCUUUUUUCAAAGGAAUUGAUCCAGCCGCAGGGAAUCCUUAUUUCUGGAAUGAAUUAUUCCUUCUCAAAGUGAAUGCACCUUAUCUGAGUCAGACGUUGGCAGGAAUGUCGGAAGAGAAGUUACUAAAAAUCAAGCAUAAUAUCAAUCUGAUAUUGGUCAAGUCGAUGGAAGUUAUGAGUCAAGACAAUAACAGUCUAAGGAUAAUGAAUGCUAUCGAGACGCUUUGUGUGUUCUUGCAAGGAAUAUUCUCAAAGAGAUUCAAUAAUUUUAGCUUUGAAGUCAUAAACCUGCUCACCGGACUGGACAAAGCGAACGACGUAUUUCCGCGAUUGAUAGAGACGAUAGAACGGCUGAUACGAGGUGGGGAAACAGUUCAGAUCAGACAUCUUGCUCUUCAACUGGCUGUAGUCAUCAUCUGUGGUAAUAGCAACAUCAAUCAAAACAGCAUAAACGAAUAUUUUAUUCAGCGAGACAUGUUUGAUGCCUUGAUUGAGUUCAUCGUUCAUCCGGAAACGAUACAUCUAGCAUAUGAUGCAAUCACCUUGCUUGGCAUAUUAGCAAAUUUCAAAAAGCACGAGUCAACGAAUCCAUAUUUGGUGAAAUUAAGCACAUUAAAAGACAACAACGUUUUGCAGAAAAUAAUGGAAGUCCUUGGAUCGACGUGCGUCAGAUGUAGGAGUCAGUAUACAGAUAUAAUGGCCGAUGAUGAUGCUUCGAAGGUGUCGGUUUCUAAUAUGUUAUCCUAUGUUGGUGGACUUUUAUAUUGGAAUGGGCCAAAGCCCGGCGACGUUCAAUCCGAUAUUGAGGGUCUUUUUGCAAAAUUACCGUCACCUAAUGCUGCGAUAUUGUUGACAUUUUACGACUUGAUAAACACAAACAAACAAUUUAUAUCUAUUAUUGCUCAGUCCAUUACCCCGCGCGACAGUCCGUCUACCGAGAUAUCAGACAAUAAGGAUCUACAAUGCAUGCGAGACUUCCUCUCAUUCACUUCAUAUAUGCUUCAACACAAUAGAUCUCCACGUACUGCAAUUUACACCAAAUUAUGCUUAUUUACUAUCUUAAUAUUAAUCGAGAAUUCUAUUGUGUGCAGCUACUUUUGUGAUGAGAGUAGAAACGUCGAAAUAAAACUAUGUCGACAGAGGCCUCCUCAAUUACCUUAUGUAAAUGGACCUCGACCUGUCGCUUCAGCAAUCAUAGAUAUAAUGGUCUCAUUUGUUACUCACAACAUGCGUAGAAAGCUCCAAUUUGACCUGUACAGCUAUGCAUUAUCUAUCAUCCAUCGUAUUAUUGCAUUCCUGAAUAAGUAUCAGAUUAGACUAGCAUAUCAUUGGGUUGAAUUAUGGCGUGCCCUGAUUUCAUUGACGAAAUUCAUCGUGACAAACAUUAAUCAAAUGGAAAAUAGAGAUGACAUUGAAGAUGUAUUGCACUCUAUUAUUAGAAUACUCAAUAUGGGCAUUACUUAUGGCGAUACAUUCCUUCCUGACCCGCCUAGUUACGACAACUUGUUCUAUGAAAUAGUUAGAUCUGCUGAAGUAUUCGAACAAGUUACUCUAAAAGUGAAUUUACAAAGCUCUGAAAGAUCAACUAUGGAUUCUAAACCACAAAGAUCGGCUUUGGAUGCUAAAUCAAUUGGAAUAUCUAAUAUUAAGAGUAUAUGCGCUCACUUUUCAUCCAAGAUUGAUGAAUGGAAAGAAUCGCGCCGAGCCCAAUCAAUAAGUCCCUCGCAGGUAUUAGUUAUUAUAAAAGCAAACUACGAGACACUCACGUUACCAACUCCCGGCAAGUUGGGCUAUUACACUCCAUACACGGAAAUACCGCAUCAGGUUGCGUUUCUACGACAAGCGUUGAGAACCGUAGUCGACGAUUUCAAGGGCGGUGAAAUAAUAACAUGA